CUCAACAAGGACCACCCGCAGCCACAACCAGGCUUGUUUGGCAGGUUAGCAGGAGGGCUGUAUGGUGUCACCAAAGGGGCUGUCGGAGCCACGGUUGGAGGCAUGGCCUGGGUCGGAGGAAAGAGUUUGGACCUGACUAAAACUGCAGUGACGUCGGUUGCCGCGGUGCCAGGCAUGGGUGUGGGCCUGGUCAAAGGCGGAGUGUGCGCUGUAGCUGGAGGAGUGACAGCUGUGGGCUCAGCAGUGGUCAGCAAAGUUCCCAUUGGAGGAGGAGGAAAAAAGAAGGACAAGUCUGACUGACGGGUAAUGACGACGUGGAUGAACGAAUCAGUUAGUGAUAAUAAAGACCAACACAGGACUCACAAUAUCAGUGAAGGUUUGGUGAGGGGUGAAUACUUUUUUUUUUUUUUUUGGUCAUUACAUUAGAAGGUGUGAGUGUGUUAAAUGUAUGUUUGCUGUUAGUCCCUUACAUAUUCCUUUUAUAGUGUAAGGCCAAGCAAUGCAAGACACAAUAAAAUGUCUGUUGAAAUAAUUCCAGCAAAAGCAAAAUGUUAUGAGUGUAAACAUACUCAAGAAAAUUCUGCAUGUCUUUUUUUCUUGUCUUGUUUUUUUUUUUUCUUAGGUUUACGACAAAUACUGUUAUGUUACCUUUUGCAAGACAAUCAAAGAUCUGUCCUCUGCCGAGCAUUCUUUUGGGAGAGCACAGUAUUAUGGUUUCUGCAUUCUCCUUUGGGUUCUUUUUUUGUUUAUUUUAAGCUGGUGUUUUUGUCCUAAUGGCCCAUCCUUAUAUAUAACACAUGAAAAGCUAUUUUGAUGAGGUGAACUAUUUUUACAGUUUAAUAAAUGAACCUAUUGAACUGACUGUUGCAUGAACUUUAAAAACUUGACACUUUCUUUACUGUGACAUGAAUCCUCUUUGCAUCAUUGUUCUAUCUUCUGAAUAAGAAGAAGAAAAAUCUGUUACAGUGCAACUCCGUUAAGAUUUAGAUACUUUUAUUUCAUUACAGUGCAUUUUUCGAAUUUCAAAAACCUGCAGAUGAUUAGAUUUGAUUAUGUGCAUUUAAUAAAGAUUUUUAUACUACUUUUUAACUUUCAAAAGCCUUGUGCUGUGCUUAAAAUAGGUUUUGAAGCUGUCAAAACAGUGUUGUAGAAUGUUGCAAUCCAAUAAUGGUUAUAUACAAAGAUGUUUGAAUAAAGAUGUGUAAAAAUG